UUCCAUGGCGGAUGACUGCUGCGAUCGCAGGGCUAGAGGAGCGGCAUUUCCUGGCGGAUCUCGUGAGGGGUGCUGGCCGUGGCAAGGAUCUCCUCCAGGCCCGGCGAUUGCACGCCAGAUUCUUCCCCGACACGAGUGCCGCCAAGGAUAUUUUCUUCGCGAAUCUCCUCAUCCAGAUGUAUGGGCGCUGCGGCAGCGCUGCGGACGCGCGAUCACUCUUCGACGCCAUGGAUCGCCGAAAUUUCUACUCCUGGAACAUGAUGAUCCAGGCCAGCCGCGCCGCCGGGCACACCUCCAGCGCCGCCGAGCUCUUCGAUCGCAUCCCCCAGCGCGACGCCGCGACCUGGAACGUGAUGAUCCACGCAUACGCGGCACAGGGGUCGAUCGACGCCGCGGCUCGGCUCUUCGAUCGAAUGCCCCAUCGCGACGUGUGUUCUUGCAACGCACUGGUGAUCGCAUUUGCCAGGGAGGGGAAUAUCGGGCGAUCCAAGAGCCUCUUCGAUCGAAUGCCGCAGUGGAAUCUCGUGUCCUGCAACGCGGUCGUGCAAUCCUACAUCCGGAGCUCCAAUCUCGGCCAGGCGAAGAAGAUCUUCGAUUCCAUGCCGGAUCACGACGUGGUCUCUUGGAACUCUCUCAUCACACUCUAUGCCCAGUCCGGGCAUCUUGAGCUUGCCAAGAACACGUUUGAUGGGAUGGAGUUCCGCGAUCUUGUCUCGUGGAACGCGAUGAUCGCCGCGUAUGUGGCGGCAUCCCGGAUUCGCGACUGCCAGGCUAUGUUCGAUCGCGUCCCAGAGCGCCAGGCCGUGACGUGGAACUCGAUGAUCACAGCGCUCGCGCACCAGGGCCAAAUCGAGGCAGCAAAAUGGAUCUUUGAUCGAAUGCCGGCCAAGGAUCUCGUGUCGUGGACGAAUCUACUGCUGUGCUACGCGCAGAAUGGAUUCCUGGAGGAAUCGGACAGGGCGUUCCAUCGUCUCCCCUUCACCAACGCAGUGGCACGAACGACGAUGAUCUUGGUGAAUGCUCAAAGAGGGGAUUUGGCCACCGCGAGAGAGAUCUUUGAUACCAUGCCGGAUCAGGACGUGGUGGCGUGGACGGCGAUGGUGCAAGCUUACGGUCACCAAGGCUUCGUCGCCCUCGCGAAGAACAUCUUCGAUCGAAUCCCGGAGAAGAAUCCAGUCUCGUGGAGCGUGAUGCUCCUCGCGUAUGCCGAGAAUGGGCACUUCGACGAGGCCGUGAGGUUCUUCCACGAGAUCCCGCGCAAGACCAUCGUCUGCUGGACAGCUCUCACGCAAGUUUACGUCAACUUGGGUGAUCUCGGCGCCGCCAGGAGCGUGUUUGAGAGCAUGAAGAUGCGCAGCUUGGUUUCCUGGACGACCAUGGUGUGGGCUUACGCUCAAAACGGGCACUACGAUCAAGCAGUGGAGGUCUUCCAGCUUAUGAAUCUCGAGGGCGUCAAGCCGGACGAGGUGACGUUCCGGAGCGUUCUAACUUCGUGCAGCCAUGUCGGUCUCGUGGCCGAGGGCUGGGAACACUUCGUCUCGAUCAGCCAAGACUUUGGGAUGGUCCCGAGGAGAGAGCACUACUGCUGCAUGAUCGACAUCCUGGGUCGAUCCGGAAGAACUCUAAGCGCCGAGGAGCUCGUCAACUGGAUGCCAUUUCUUCCGGACGUGGUGAUAUGGAUGUCGCUGCUGGGAGCUUGUCGCCUCCACCGCCAUGCCGACUGUGCUGAGAGAGUCGCAGCGAAGAUCUUCGAGCUGGAGCCCGGCUACACGACUGCCUACGUCGUUCUCUCGAACAUGUACUCUUCGAUCGGGAGGAGGGACAAGGUAUCGAUGAUCCGGAACCUGAUGAAGUCGAGGCGAGUGAGAAAAGUUCCGGGGAUCAGCAACAUCGAAGUUGGCAAUGAAGUUCACAGUUUCGUGGUGGGGGAUCUUUCGCAUCCUCGCAGUGAAGACAUCGUCGCGGAGCUCCAGAGACUGGCGAGAGAAAUGCGAGACGCUGGCUACGUUCCCGACACGAAGGAGAUCUUGCACGACGUUGGCGAGGAGCAAAAGGAGGAGCUGCUGCACUACCACAGCGAGAAAAUGGCUGUGGCUUUUGGAUUGAUUAGCACGGAGCAAGGGUCGCCGCUGAGGAUCCUCAAGAACCUGCGGGUGUGCGGGGAUUGCCACUCGGCUAUCAAGUUUGUGUCCAAGAUGGUGGGACGAUCUAUAACCGUGAGAGACGCUAGCCGGUUCCAUCACUUUAGCAACGGGACGUGCUCUUGCGGAGAUUACUGGUGACUAAAUUUUGCUCGGCCUGUUUCGAGAGAUCGAUGUGGAGCGGAGGAGCUUUUCCAGCGACGAGUGGAAUGCAAUCAACAAACUUGCAUAGACUCCAAAGACAAGGAGAAAAGAAUCUUAUACACGGGACAAUCUUAUACAAAGUUGGAUCGGACUUGGUUGAUGCUACGCUCGUCCAAGAAGAAAGUCUUCUCGAGCACCUCGUCCGGCACCUCUGGUCGGGAUCCAAACAUGGAUCUCGCAAUGAACUGGAUUCCGGGGAGCUGGGAGUUGAGAGUGGCGAUGAUCUUCGCGUUGGUCCUUCCUACGUUCAUCUGCCAGUGGAUUAAUCCGCGAGGAAUCACCAUGACUUCUCCCCUGUUCAUCACUCGGGCAAACAGGCGAUUGUCCGCUGUGACGAUGGCGGCGUACACGGUCCCUUCUUCUACGUAGACCAUCUCCGAGGCUCUGGGAUGGGUGUGAGGAGGGAUGAUCCCUUCCGGGAGAAAGUCGAGCCUAGCGAUGGAGAGACCCAAAGUGUUGAGGCCUGGAAAUCUCAGCACGGUUCCAAAGAUCGCACCGGAGCGAUUGAUGUUUGUGGUGUUGGAGGAGUUGACGAUUCCGCUGUAGAUGAAAUCGUCCACCGUGACUGUGGACGAGUUCCUGCAUGGGAAUCCAUUGAUCCCAGGGACGACGUUGAGAUCUCCGAUGCAAAAGUCCUGGAGUGGAUCUGGAUCGGAUGAAACUACUGCGCACACGAAGAAUGCGAGCAAAGCAAUCCAGACAGCGUGAGAUUUGGAGAGAGCCAUAGUCGAAGAACUGGAUGAAUCUUUGAUCGGAGACGAGUGGAUCGCUGGAUUUGUGAUGAAGAACCAUUGCCUUGAAUGAUAUAUAUACCUGGAAAA